UGUAUCCUUCUGCUGCUGCUGUGCCUCAGCAGCUGAUUGAUAACAUAGGUUGGUUAGGCUCGUUACGCACUUGGACGGGAUUUAUUUACUGUUCGAGAAAAAUGGUGCUCACCAACCAAUUCAAGCUCCCAACAGAGGAGGAACUUACUGUUCCUGAACUCAAUGUGACUGCUGCUGCGCUUGCCACGGGAGCUUUCCAUUUGGGAAAGUACUGCGAAGAGCCCUGCAAAGAAUUUAUCCUGUGUCGUGAUGAGCUGGGAGAUCCCAGGAAGUGUCUCGAUGAAGGUAAAAAAGUAACUUCUUGUGGCAUUGAGUUUUUCAAGAAGGUGAAAAAAUCCUGCUUAGCUGAGUUCACUCAGUAUCAAAAGUGCUUGAUCAGUAGCAGCUCCAACUUCGAGUAUGGACCGUGCCGCAAAACACAAGAAGUGUUCAAUGAAUGUGUGAAGGCUCACAUUGGCAUUGACAGGCCACGACCAACUUAUUUCUGUGAACCGAAGAUUCAUGACUCCAAACGACCCGCGCCAGCACUUCCUCAAUAUCCCAAGUAUGAUGAUGCCACUCCUGGCCUUCCUCAAAAUUAUCCGAAGGACAAGAUUUCCACUGAAUCUACUCAAGGUGUCUUUGAUGGAAAUAUUUGAUGGAAAUUAAGUCCUUGACAAAGUUUUGUGUCAGUCUUUUAUUUAGAAGCAUUGUAAAUUGUUGAUACAUAAAUGUGUAAUAUAUGGUUUUCAGCUGGUUCUAUUAUGUUAA